GCAUUUCCUAUUUGCUGGCUGCGGAAUUUUCUCCCAACUGCGCUCUAACUUAACAUAGAGCCGUCUUAUCGAUAUCAUCACAGCUUUCAUUUUACAUCUCCCCUGACACCAUCAAAUAAACUCUUCGCACCUUGCCUUUGCGAACCUUGAAGUAUCAUCACGAUACUAUCACAAGUUGCAGAAGCCGUGCACAAACGAUUUUUAUUGCUGGAGUUUUUUCGGAAGUGAUUUUUCACUCGCGACGCUCAGGAUAGUCACGAACAAUUCGAUGAAGCCAAGUGGCCCUCAGAAAUUUGCUUGAGGUUGAGUUUCACGUGAAGUCGGAUGCGCCAAGGUCUGAAACACACAGAUUCAGAUUCGAUACUGCGUUCAAGCUGGCACGUCUCUCAGCUUCGAUAAGGACUGCCGGUACCGCAUAAGUGUCGCGCUGAAUUUUGUUGCGCAUCGGUAUGGCAGUUGAAGAAUUCGACCCAGGCGAGGUCAUUUACUUAUCCAGUGGAGACGAAGCAGCGGCAGCUGCUAGAAAAAGGCCUCUUGAGGAUGAUUCAACACCUGAGCCUAAGCGCUUGAGGAGUCAUGCGCGUGCGGCCAAAGUCCCUAGAAUCGAGGAGCAAUCUGCAAAAGGACGGAAGCCCAUAGAGGAGUCGACAGUCGUUGGCAAGUCCUCAGCACAGUCAUUCACAUCAGGUGACUCCGCACCCGAAGAUUCUGGCGAAAUCUCCGACUACAAGCAAGGUAGUGCCAGCUUCAAAAUACCCAACCUCGUGGAUAAGAAAGGCGGCUCCUGGCUUAAAAGGUUUAAGGACUGGGUCAAGGCAUUCCAUGCCCAAAAUCCGGGAAAAUGUGAUGCCAUUACCUCAUCAUUAGCUUACUCUGCUUAUGGCUACUAUAUUGACCACCACGCUGGCUUGAAGCCCAAGAAGAGAAAGAACGCAAAGCAAGUUGCAAAGGAGCUUGAAAGCACCGGCGAACUUCAAGCUCUUAUUGGAAAUCUCCAUUCUUUGGGCCGCUGUGGGCCUAAUCAGCCAACUCUCCACAGCUGGGUGACAAGGCAACCCCGACAGGAACCCGACAAGAAAAGUAAAAACCCACGCGCUUCUAGCAUAAGCGAGGGAGAAAUUGACGAAAGGGACGAAGAUGGCUCCGAAAGUGAAGCUGAGUACGAACCAACCUUAAACAAGAGUGAGAGGACUGGGGAAGACGGCGGAGAAGAGUACGCAUCAGGCAUGAAGAUAUCUGCAAAUGGCAACUCAAUCUCCAAAGUUUCAGACUCCGAGAGCUUACCACCGAUUAACACUCACCGGAAUGUUCCCACCGGUGAUAAUGCAUUAGAACAACAGCGCAGAUAUUUCCCGUCGGCCAUGGAUCCUGCCGAGAUGUGUCUUCUCUGUGGGCUGAAUACACAUCUGGCACCGAGCUGCCCAUCACUUAUCUGCUCUUCAUGUGGAAGUUUGGAACACUCAAGAAUCUGUUGCCCUGGAAAGGAGCGAUGCAAGAAAUGCCGCCAACUUGGCCACCAAGCAGGCCAAUGCAUUGAGAAACUGGCUCUGACCAAGGAAGAAGGUCUUGCAUGCGUCUUUUGCAGCUCAAUGGAUCACCUUGAGGAGCAGUGUACACAGGUGUGGCGAUCGUUUUGCCCGGAUGUAGCUACAGUCAGAAAGGUUGCGUUUAUUCCUGCAUCGUGCGCUGUGUGCGGUAGUGAUAGGCACUUUUCUUCGGACUGCAAUGCGCACCGCAAUGCCGUCUCUAACCCUACAUGGUCUGUGAAGAACCGCGAUCAAUAUAUUGACCCGGAUUGUGGCUCAGUACCGAUCGAAGGGGAAGCGGGAAGGCAGCAGAAUGCCAGGGCCACAAGAGCACCCGACCUCAAGAUUCGCGGCCACGCUGCGCGGACGACCAACAUUCAUUACUCCGAGAGCGACGACUCCGAAGCAGAGUUUCUAGGCCACAAACGCGUUCAGAAGCCAGCGAUCGGCCAAAUUCGAAUGGCUAGUAACAUCCAGAUGCCAAACAUGCAAAAUGGAGGGUCGAGACGAAACAACGGACAUAAUGGCAUGCCGGUCCAACCCCCUCUCCCUCCUGGACCGCCUCCCGGACUCCCGCCCAUGCGAGGUUCUUUUGGACACCCGCCUCCACCGGGUGCUCCGCCUGGACAAUUUUCAUCGUUACCCAGGAAGCCUCCUAUCCAAGACUAUAGGAACGCCCCCCCGCCAUCUCACCACGGUUCCCAGGGACCCGGAAGGUCGCAUGCUAGCAAUGGGCCUCAAGGAUCCAAGCCUAGAGGAGGUGGACGUGGAGGUCGUGGCGGUCGUGGACGGGGCAGGGGCAGAGCGAGGGGCAGGUGACUGCUUCUGGGUUGAACGAAGCACCAACACAUAUGCAUUGCUUGGAAUUGAACUAGAGAUGAUGGGGAGUUGUGAUGCCCUUGGAGCAGGGUAUCCUACGAAAUGGUUGGUGCACAAAAGCCGAGCUGUGCGCCCACAGGGGGGACUUGUCCAGACUUGGCGAACGGGCUUUUCGAAUAUGAUGCCCGCCAGCCUGUGCCUCAUUAGUAGCACCUGGUGGUAACUACUCAUAUGGCAGUUUCUCCUUGAAACAAAAUGGUAAACGACGAGACCGAAACAACUGUGAACCACGAAUACCAAUAGUUUUUAAGCUAUGAUUAAACAUAUGGAACGAAAGAGGGCUCGGAUAUGCCAACAAGCUCAGAUGGCAACGCGAGUCGAAAAUAUCUGAUUCACAGGCUUGAUCACACAGUUUCUUGUCAAUGCAUUUAUGGACAAGGGUCAUGCAUUAGUAGGGCCCGCUACUGGCUGUAAUUUGUAGACACCACAAAUCGGUUUUAAACAAGAGGUUAUGCGCCUGAGUGGAUAAAUCACUUCUUCUCCUCUAAGGGCCAGGAAGUGUCUGAGAUAAUAUCCAACUGACUGUCUUACCAAAGACCGCCGAAAGUGAAGCUGCAUCUCCAGAUAGUUAGUCAGGGAUAGCACCCAAUUAAAUGAUGUCCUCUCAGGGAAAAGACGGUCGGCUGUCUGUGUGACAAGAGCUCGCAACAAUGCAGCAUCACAUUCGCGAAGCAUAUGAUAUCACUCACAGUGCCCCGAGUGGAGGCAGCGACCUAUUGCCACGAGUCUGGACGCGACAGGACUGUGUCAUUUACUACAUAGUCUCGUGUUGAGAUGGAGUCAUCUCGAGGACCCGUUCAAGGUUCAUACAGGGCUGUGCCGAGGAAUUGGUGGGGAGAGAGCAAGAAGCUUAAUGGAGAUGCAUGUUUUAGGGUUGGGGCUUUCUCGACCUUUGCUUUCAAUGGAUCUUUUUGAGAGCAAGGUUGUACCAAGAAGGAUGUGAUAGGCUGGGAUGUAUGGUAACGAAUAGAUGACAUGCUAGCAGAAUAAUGUGGUAUAUGCAUUUUAGGUGUGUUGCGCAGUUAAGUCUCCCUGUGUCGGUUAGGUCGAGGG